AUGGAUGCUCCCAAAGAAGCUCAGCCUACAGGAGAGUUCACAUGUCAGCUAUGUAGCUUAACAGCUCCAUACACAUACUAUGGGCAGAAGCCACCAAACACACGGUCUAUUGUGCUUUUGGAAGAAAGCUAUGUCAUGAAAGAUCCUUUCACCCCCGACAAGGACAAAUUCCUCAUCCUUGGGUCCCACUGCAGUUUGUGUAGCAGAUCAGUGUGCGUUGGUACCGACUGUAGCCUGUUCUACUCCAAAAGGUUCUGCCUUCCCUGUGUGAAUGAAAACCUAGCGGCCUUUCCUUUGGAAAUACAAGAAGAUAUGGAUAAAAGGAAGCCCCAACAAAAAUCCUUCCCCUGUAAAAAAAGGAAUACAAGAACAUAA